UGAUCUGACAUCUGACAUGGGUUAUCAAUUAUCUAUGGGGUCCCAGAAUGCUUCGCGCAGAUAAGUCUAGAUAUGUUCACAUUUUUUUUUUAAAUUCCGGUGUCCUGAUUGCGAUUCCGUCAGUUUUGUUGUUUGUCUAGCCAGGAUAGGGUGGGGCUACUCGGUAACCAGGGGCAACGUUCACCCAGUUCAGGUGAGGCGUCACGCCCCACUCCCAGCAUUCCCUGCACUUCCUGUUCGCUGUCCCAGGUCGCGAUGACUCGCCGCACGCCCGUGGGUGGGGACAGGGAGGGUUUUGGGGCCGGGCAGAGGAGGACAGGGGACGAGCAGCUGUCAGGUGACGAGAACGGAGAGGCGCAGCAACGUGUCCUGCGUGACGUGGACAUGGGGACGCCCAAACAGUACUCAGUCGUUCAGAUGCAGCGUUUUGCAGGGUUUGGAGUUGGGCUGGCCAGCCUUCUGACUGAGAAUGUGCUGUCCCAUCCAUGUAUUGUCUUCAGACGACAGUGCCAGGUCCACCAUUGCUCCUACCGCUACCAUCUCCAGCCCUUCUCAGUCCUGAAUGUGAUGUUGAAGAUACAAGGAGCUCAGGGCUUUGCCACUGUGUGGAAGGGGAUGACCAGCAGGUUUGUGGUGCAGGGCAUCCAACUGGGCAGUGAGGGUAUCAUAGCAGAGUUCACAGACUUUCCAAGGGAAGUGACCACACACAGCACCUUCAAACAAGUCUUCAAACACAUCGCACUGAAGGGGUUGAGCAUCGUCGUGACCUUGCCAUUCUUCUGUGCCAGUCUGAUAGAGACAGUCCAGAGUGACAUAGCCAGUGAAACCCCAUGGGUGCUGGACUGUGUGAAGGAAGGGUUCCGUCGCCUGCUGGGAUGGGGCGCGCCCACCACCACACGGCUCCUCCCGGUGUGGAAGCUGGUCCUCCCCACGGUGCUGUAUGGUCUGCUCCACUAUCUUAUCACCUCUGUUGUCCAGUACAUUGCCCUUGUCCUCCUGCGGCAGGGGAAGGACCGCCACAAGUUCGACAUUGACGAACCGCUGGCCGACCGCAACAUGCUGGAGACCUACUUCCCUGAACUGUUUGCAACAUUCCUGGGUAACCUGUUCUCAGACGUCCUGCUGUUUCCACUGGAGACGGUCAUGCACCGUCUGCACAUCCAGGGAACACGAACAAUCAUCGACAACACGGACUGGGGAGCCGGGGUGCUCGCCAUCAACACGCGGUAUGAGGGGAUGGCAGAGUGCUUCCGCAUCGUGGUGAGAGAGGAGGGCUUCUUCGGACUGUACAAGGGGUUCGGGGCCCUGAUUCUGCAGUACCUCCUCCAUGCUGCCAUUUUGAAGAUAACAAAAUGUAUUUACGACAUAAUGUCUGAGAACUUUACAUCUAGACCCAAGGCGCCACCAAGGCAAAGACAGCAGUAGUGCAAGCUUGUUAUUAUCAUGGUCAAGUGUAUAUGUGUAUGCAGGAAACUUCAUGGUCCUAGAGCAAGGAAAUAGCUGUAACUGCAGAAUCAUCAAAGUGUAUUGAAUACACUCAUCUGGUCUAUUAAGUACAUGUAAUUUGUACUGUCCAUGUUGUCUACAUGUAUGGAAGGCCUUGGCCACUUUCAUUCUGUACCUUUGUUAUUCCUUACUGAAGAUGUAUUUAAUGACAGUAGGAAAAGAUUGUUGUUGAAUAGACAAAUGAAUUUGUUCCAAGUUUCCAGUAUGCUCCAGCAGUGGUGCAUGUUAUGGUUAUGGGGAUCCUUGUGCACAUGUUAAUGUGCGCCUAUAAAUGCAGUAACUCAGGAAAGCGCCAUGACGCAUACAUUGUAUGUUCAUUUCAAUACCAUUUCUAGAGGUGCUACAAACUAUGCCAUUAAUUUUCAUAUUCCUAUGGAACAUGUAUAGCAGAACAAGAUGUAGAAAUUUGAAGCAAAAGCAUAUAAAAGCAACAUUUUGAUCAACUCUUGUUGGUCGGACAACUUAUCUUGGGAGAGUCAGCCACAAAUGAUCUGUUCAUGAGUGUAAAAGAUUUUGCUUCAAGUCACAAUGACAACAUUAGAUUCCUUGUUGCCCAUUUAUGUACAUGUAUAUAUAUAUGUUAAACUGGGUCCUGUCUCCAGUUUGUUCUAAUGUUCUCAUAGCAAUGUGAAGGAAAGGACAAAGUUACUUAAUUCCCUGUAACCUUGGGCAACCUUUGAAAAGUUGGACAAUUGUAUUGAAUGAUUGUAUGAUAUUGAGAAUAGACCACCUAGCAUACAUGUACCAUUGUAAAUGUGUAUAAUGCCUUAUUUAUAUUCUCAUGACUGGUGCUGCAGAAAUGUUAGAUUAUGCCGUCGUGAAAUUUGACAUGUGAAUUUUGUGGAUGGAUUUUAUUUUCGUGAAAAUGUUGCUUGUUGGAAGCAGUUGUACAUGAUCCCGUAGGUUCUAGUUGUAUGGAUUUCUUACAAGUCGAGUAGCACAGAUGUAGUGGACUGGAUUGGACAAGAGCUACAAAUGUAUGUGAAAUGAUCUGGCACCAGAGCAUGCAGUGAGAUGAUGUGUUGUCUAUACAAGUAGUUAAUACCAAACCAAUAAACUUAACAGGGAGGUAA